CUUUUCAUGAAGAUGGCGCCGAAGGCGAAGAAGGAAGCCCCUGCCCCUCCUAAAGCUGAAGCCAAAGCAAAGGCUUUGAAGGCCAAGAAAGCAGUGUUGAAAGGUGUCCACAGCCACAAGAAAAAGAAGAUCCGGACGUCACCCACCUUCCGGCGGCCCAAAACACUGCGGCUCAGGAGGCAGCCCAAAUAUCCUCGGAAGAGCGCCCCCAGGAGAAACAAACUUGACCACUAUGCCAUCAUCAAAUUCCCCCUCACCACUGAGUCAGCCAUGAAGAAAAUAGAAGACAACAACACACUGGUAUUCAUUGUGGAUGUCAAGGCCAACAAGCACCAAAUUAAACAGGCUGUGAAGAAGCUCUAUGACAUUGACGUGGCUAAGGUCAAUACUCUGAUCAGGCCUGAUGGAGAGAAGAAGGCAUAUGUUCGACUGGCUCCUGACUAUGAUGCUUUGGAUGUUGCCAACAAAAUUGGGAUCAUCUAAACUGAGUCCAGCUGGCUAAUUCCA